CCGCCACUCGGGCUGGCACCGCAGGUGGGCGGGAGGCCGGGCGCUGCAGCCGCCGCCGCGGAAGAUGGUGCCCUCGGCCGGACGGCUCGCCCUGCUCGCGCUGGGUGUCCUGCUGGCCGCGGGCCAGGCCCUGGAGAACAGCACGUCCGCCCUGAGCGCACGCCCGCCCGUGGCCGCCGCCGUGGUGUCCCACUUCAACGACUGCCCGGACUCCCACAGCCAGUUCUGCUUCCAUGGAACCUGCAGGUUUCUGGUGCAGGAGGACAAGCCCGCGUGCGUCUGCCACUCCGGGUACGUCGGGGCGCGCUGUGAGCACGCCGACCUCCUGGCCGUGGUGGCCGCCAGCCAGAAGAAGCAGGCCAUCACCGCCCUGGUGGUGGUCUCCAUCGUGGCCCUGGCCGUCCUCAUCAUCGCGUGUGUGCUGAUACACUGCUGCCAGGUCCGGAAGCACUGUGAGUGGUGCCAGGCCCUCCUGUGCCGGCACGAGAAGCCCAGCGCCCUGCUGAAGGGAAGGGCCGCCUGCUGCCACUCGGAGACAGCCGUCUGAGGAGCCGGGGCGUCUGGCCGGGUCGCCGUGGCAGCCGAGGGGAGCGGCUUCUCCGGGACCAGCCGACAGACCUCGCCACCCUGCCAGCCCCCCCCCCCCGCCCCCGCGCAGCCUGUCUUCCACGGCCCCCCCGCGACUGUCGGGAGCUCUGAGCUUGGGGUCGUCGGGUGCGACCCAGACGAGACAUCGGGGGCCACGGCGAUAGGACGGGUCCCAGCACAACCGCACGGGUGACCCGGCUGCGCCGUGUGCCUGGGCCGCGGGUGUCCUGCAGGUCACGGAGGCCUCCCUUCCGCGGCCCCGUCCCUCGGCGGCGUGUUCCCGCCAGCCCCGGAGGGUGCCAGCCGGCCCCGAGGGCUUCCCCACACCCGCCUCCGGGAGGAGAAGGCGGGAAGGGGGCUGCUUGUCCCGUGUCCGGACAGGCCACCGCAGCCCGGAGACGACCCCUGGACCGUGGGGUCGGCGCGGGUCUCCCAAGGCGGCGUAAAGAGCCCCAGCCCUUCCAGACGCCCGCGUGCGCGCCGCGGUGGUGCCCGUGGAGUUGCGCGGCCGCUCGGGGCAGCUGAGGCUCCGGGACGGGCCCGGGCGCACAGCGGGUCAGUGCCCCCAGGCAGCCCCGCCGCCGGCCCCACGGCUCACUGGGUCCCCGCAGCCCAGCCAGGAGGCGCCGGGAGAGCCCGGGGACGCGGCCGCACCCGUGAAGGGGGCCGUCCUCCCCCGCGUCGUUGCCCCGUCGACCUGUCGCUUUAUUUUUAAAAGGAAAAAUUUAACUUUUCUAUUUAUUUUCCAGCAUUAGGAGCAGCAUCCCCGCGGUUUGUUUGGGUUUUUUUGUUUUUUGUUUUGGUUUUGGUUUUGCCCUUUCCAUUCAGGAUGCUGGUUUUAGUAACAAAAACUAACAAGUCACCUCCCCACGGGGCGGGUCUCACCCCCCCCCCCAGAAGGUGAAACUGUCCUGGGAGCGUCUUGAUCCGCGGGCCUGCCUGGGGAGCCCACCGGUUCCCUCCAGCCGAGCAGCGGGAUUUUCACUGAAAUCGGUCAUUUUCACUGAAACCGGCAAACAGCGGCGGUGAGGCAACGUGGGAGGCCCCUGUGCGGCGGACUCGACUCCCUAGUGUCUGGCGCAGAAGAUCUCCGUGUAUGGGCGCGCCUGGCUCCCCACGUCCCAAAAGGGACCUUUAAAAUGUCAGGUUGGCUUAAAUCUUCCAUCGGGCGACCGUCCUCCGCGGACUCUCGUCCCCGGUCUGUCCGUUCCGCUGGACCGUCCCCAGGUCCUCCAGCCGAGGCGGGAGCGCCGGAGCCGCCCUAGGGCAGCAAGCGGCCGCCGGCGACCUUGGCGGGGACGGGCGGGGGCUGCGGCCGCUGUGUGGACCCCCCACGGGCCCCCCACGGCCCCCCCACGGACCCCGGCCCUGUCCUCGGCCAAUCGAGUCCGACGGGAGAGCCCCGGACCCGACUCUCCUCAGUCUUUCCCAGAGCAGUUGAGGCCGCGGGGCUCUGCUGACCGCUUGGCGGACCCCGGCUCAGGCUUGGGGCGUCCGGCCCUCGCGGAGACUGGGGAGGGCAGGACGGGAGCCUCUGGCUUCCCCGUGGGCCGUCGCCUUGGGCCAGGCCGUGGGCGGGGG